CCCGCGCCCGGCCCGACGCGGGGCUGAGCCGGCCCCGCCGCCCGGCAGCGCCUCGCCCCGCCGCCCAGAGCGCCGGGCCGCGCCGCCGCCCAUGGACAUCGCGACGGGUCCCGAGUCCUUGGAGAGGUGUUUCCCGCGGGGCCCGCCGGACUGCGCCAAGAUGCUGGACGGUAUUAAAAUGGAAGACCACCCCCUGCGUUCGGGGCCGGCCACGCUGGGAGUGCUGCUGGGGUCGGAGUGCCAGCACCAGGCCGUCUGCGAGGGCUGCCAGCGGCCCAUCUCGGACCGGUUCCUGAUGCGGGUGAACGAGUCCUCCUGGCACGAGGAGUGCCUACAGUGCGCCGCUUGCCAGCAGGCGCUCACCACCAGCUGCUACUUCCGGGACCGCAAGCUCUACUGCAAGCAGGACUACCAACAGCUGUUUGCCGCCAAGUGCAGCGGCUGCAUGGAGAAGAUCGCCCCGACGGAGUUCGUGAUGCGAGCCCUGGAGUGUGUGUAUCACCUCAGCUGCUUCUGCUGCUGCGUGUGCGAGCGCCAGCUGAGGAAAGGGGAUGAGUUUGUCCUCAAGGAAGGGCAGCUGCUCUGCAAAAGUGACUACGAAAAAGAGAAGGACUUGUUGAGCUCGGUCAGCCCAGACGACUCAGACUCAGUUAAAAGUGAUGAUGAAGAUGGAGAUGUUAAGCCCACCAAAGGCCAAGUAACCCAAGGAAAAGGAAGUGAUGAUGGGAAGGACCCAAGAAGACCUAAACGACCAAGGACAAUACUUACUACACAGCAGAGAAGAGCAUUCAAAGCAUCCUUUGAAGUGUCUUCCAAGCCCUGUAGAAAGGUCAGAGAAACACUAGCAGCUGAAACAGGGCUCAGCGUGCGAGUCGUCCAGGUCUGGUUUCAAAACCAAAGAGCAAAGAUGAAAAAGCUGGCACGAAGGCAUCAGCAGCAGCAGGAGCAACAGAACUCGCAGCGACUAGGACAAGAAGUAAUGUCCAACCGAAUGGAAGGGAUGAUGACAUCUUACACACCACUUGCACCACCACAGCAGCAGAUUGUAGCAAUGGAGCAAAGCAGUUAUGGCACAGACCCGUUUCAGCAGGGUCUUACCCCUCCACAAAUGCCAGGCGACCACAUGAACCCCUAUGGAAAUGACUCCAUUUUUCAUGAUAUCGACAGUGAUACCUCUUUAACUAGCUUGAGCGACUGUUUUCUUGCCUCUUCUGAAGUUAACUCCAUGCAGGCUAGAGUAGGAAACCCCAUUGACAGGCUGUACUCUAUGCAGAGCUCCUAUUUCGCCUCAUGAAAAUAAGGAAAAAACAGCCGGCGUGUGUUUAGCCAGUGACUUUUCCAGUGCAGACUCUACAGCCAUAUGUUGCCCAGCUCUUCCUUCACAGUGACUCUGCUGCCUCUGGACUGCAAAGAGCAUUUUUUUAGGAAGACUGUCUCUGUUUGCAUAUAUGUGUAUGUAUGUAUAUAUACUUUAAUACCUACCUACCUACAUACAUAUAUAGAGAAACAAAACACAUCCACCCGUCCCAUACCCUUGAUUCCCAGCCUGCACCAGACCACGAGACAAGCACGGAAGGAACGGAAGAACCUGCUCGUCCUCAGCCUUUGAUUUGGUUUGGUUUGAGCUCGUCAUCUUAAAGGAAAUGGAUUUUGUGGAAAGCUAGACCUUUUCCUUCUUUCUCUCUUCCUUUCUUUUGGAUGUUUAAACUUUUUUUUUUUUUUAAAGCCGCUGAUACUGACAUCAGUUAACCAUAUGACAAAUAAAUCAAAGAAACUGGA